GCCAUAGAAAUGCCAGUGUCUGAAGGCCUCUGCUACGGCAGCAAUGAGGCUCCGCAGGGCUUCCAAUUGGAGAUCCGCAAUGCCAACAUCAAGACAGUGGAGCAGGCCCUUUCAUAUGCCUGCAAGAAGCACGGCAGCAAGAAAGCUCUGGGUACCAGGCAGAUCCUUGAGGAGUUUGAGGAAACCCAGAAAAAUGGAAAGGUUUUCAAAAAGUUUGAACUGGGCGACUACACCUGGCUGACAUACAAUGAAGUGGAUGAUAUGGCACACAACUUUGGCAAGGGUCUGCGUGUCAUUGGGCACAAGCCGAGGGAAAACAUUGUCAUCUUUGCUGAGACGCGACAGGAGUGGCUCAUGUCUGCUAUGGGAUGCUUCAAGCAGAACAUUCCCGUGUGUACGCUCUAUGCCACCCUGGGUGAUGAGGCUGUCAUUCACGGCAUCAAUGAAACAGAGGUGAGGCACAUCAUCACAUCACAUGAGCUGCUUCCCAAAUUCAAGACUCUAUUGAGCAAAUGUCCCCUGGUGACACACAUCACUUACUUCCAUGACCAGCUGAAGCCCACUGACCUCUCAGGCUACAAGGAUGGCAUUGAGUUCAACUCCUUUGAGGAGGUGAUCAGCAAGGGGAAAACAAGUGACUACUCAGGUAUUGAAGAUGUGCCACCCACGGAGGAUGACACAGCCAUCAUCAUGUACACGUCUGGAUCAACUGGGAACCCCAAGGGAGUAAUCAUGUCACACUUCAACCUGGUUAAUGCCAUCAUUGGCUAUGCUGUGGGACUCAACAUCCAGAAGGAUGACGUCUACCUGGCCUAUCUACCCCUAGCACACGUCCUUGAACUCAUGGCUGAAUCCAUGAUGCUCAUGUUUGGUGUUCCGAUGGGCUACUCCACACCACUGACCAUGACUGACAGGUCGAGCAAGAUAAAGAGAGGCUGCUCUGGCGACUGCACCGUUCUCAAACCAACAAUGAUGGCUGCUGUCCCGCUUAUUCUGGAUAGAAUCUACAAGGGAAUCCUGGACAAGGUAGCUGCGCAAGGCCCAUGGCUCCAGAAACUCUUUGACUUUGCCUUACAGUACAAGCUCAACUGGCUGCGACGUGGGUUUGAGACUCCCAUUUGUAACUGGUUUGUCUUCCGCAAGAUUCGGGCAUUGUUGGGCGGAAGAUUAAGAUUGGUUGCAAGCGGUGGAGCACCACUUUCCCCCGACACUCACGACUUUGUGCGUGCCACUCUUGGUGUACCAGUGUUGCAGGGCUAUGGUCUCACAGAAACCUGUGGAUGUGCUACUCUCAUGGAUGACACAGACAUGACUACAGGCAGAGUUGGUGCUCCUCUGUCAGUGUGCAAAAUUAAGCUCGUUAACUGGGAAGAAGGCAAUUACAGAAUCACAGACAAACCAAGACCACGAGGAGAAAUUAUCAUAGGUGGCAAUAACAUUGCUGUUGGCUACUACAAAAACCCAGAGAAGACCAGACAAGAUUUCCUGGAUGAGGAUGGGUGCCGGUGGUUCAGAACUGGAGACAUUGGAGAGUUUGACAAGGAUGGCUCCAUCAGGAUCAUUGACCGAAAGAAGGACUUGGUGAAACUACAGAUUGGAGAAUACGUAUCCUUAGGCAAAGUGGAAUCAGAACUUAAGGUCUGCCCUCUAGUAGAGAACAUUUGUGUGUAUGCUGAGUCGUCAAAGAAUAACGUUGUUGCUAUUGUUAGCCCAGUGCAGAAGAACUUGGAAGAAUUGGCUGUGGCACUUGGCAGAGAAGACCUUAGGAGAGAGAAAUUGUGUAUGGAUGAUGACAUCAACAAGUCUAUUCUUUGUGAGUUGUUAACGACAGGAAAGAAAGCAAAGCUUGAGAAAUUUGAGAUGCCGGGAGCACUCUACUUGACCUCAGAACAAUGGACCCCUGACACUGGUCUGGUAACGGCAGCCUUCAAGCUUAAACGAAAGAGCAUCCAGACCAGGUACCAGGAUGCCAUCAACCGGAUGUAUGCUUCAUAGUGUGUGUGUGUGUGUACUGCAAGAAAGGCUGUUAUGUUUAUCAUCGAAGGGUGUGGAGUCAUUGAAAAGCUCAUGUUAAUUGUUAAUCAGGGCACAACUUAUUCAGGUUUUUUAGAACACUGUACACUUACUAGAUACCCCCACCCCCUCUCUUCUUAACAUAAGAUCUGUAAUUAUAGAACAUGGAAUGAUAAUCACUCUGUGCUUUUCAACUUUCAGGAAUACACUUUCAAUAUUACACAAAAGCAAACCUUUAUUCACACACUUGAUGUCCUAAAUUGCUAUAUUUUAUUUUAAUUAACUUUAUUGAAGCAUUUAAUUUCAAAUUAAAAAUCAUUUGUUGUAGUGAACACUUGAUAUUGAGAAGGGUAGUAAAAAAAAUAGUAAUGUGUGACAACAAAUAUUAGUUUUCCAUUUUCUCUGUAUUCUGAUGCUGUGCACUUUUCUUCCCUGAAACACAUUUAUGGCAUUAAUUUAUUGGUUAUCACUUUCUUGGUUGCUAUAUGCAGAAUCUUUGGUAUGGAAACUAUGGUUGCUAUACCUUUGGGUGUCUAAAUAUAAUUAUAGAGGGAGAGAAGUAACAUGUUGACUCUAGAAAUAUUCUUUGGAAUUAUGAUUUUGCUUUUCAUUUCUGCUAUGGUGUGCCAAUGUUUUCCUUUUCACUUCAACCUUUAUUUUUCAGUUCAUUUUCCUCUUUUGUUUAUAAUAUUUGUCUAUAAUUAUUAUUAAAUUAUAUUAUUAUUUCAUUAUUAUUAUCAUUAUCUCAGAUUAUUAUAUAUUUAUAUUAUUUUAUAUAUUAUGGAGAAGAUCAAGGUACUUUUAUUGAAAUGUGUGAUAUUGUGUGCUUUGCUCAAGCAUCAGGACACUUGCUUGUAGAACUCCAGAAACUGAAGUAAUUUCAUCAGCAUCACUGUAAGUAUUUAAGCUAUACCAGGAGUUCAGAGAGAGAAAUUGUGUUGUAGGUAGAAAUCAGUUUUGUCAUUGAUCUUUCCUCUGAUCGAGAGUGGCUUAAAAUGCAAUACUAAUUAGGCUGUCUGUACUGCAGGUGAAUUAUUAUUUUAAUGGUGAUCUUGCCAAUGUGAUAUGUUGAAAACUUGCACCGAUGCUGAUUUAUAUCAAUCACUUAGGUAUGCUAGUGUGUUAAGAUGAAAUUUUAAAAGAAAUCUAAGGUUACUAAAAUAUGAGUCAAGGCUUACUGUAUAUUUGCUGUAUUAUUGUUCAUUUUGUUUAUUUAUUUAUUAUUUUUUGUUCCUUGUACAAUAAAACUGAUCUUAUUUUUACCUCCAUAGAAAUAAAUGAACAAAUUGAUGGUGUUACAUUAGUCUGUGUGUUGUAUUUAUAGGAAUGUGAAUUGUAUGAAUGAGUUCAUAGGUGCUGUCAUUACGGAUAUAAUAUUAUUUUCUGCAAUAUCACCCAUGCAUUUCAUUGAUUGUUGGAACUGUAUUUUAAUGGGAGGCUUUUGAGUAUGGUAUUAGCUUGGAAUUUCUGUUUCGUCAGAUAAUUAAGUGGUUGUUUAAUACAAGAAAAUUAGUCUUACUAAUGUAUAGAGGAUAAUCAAAUUUAGCAAAGAAAAGUCACAUUUUUCCAAAGCACUGAAUUGUAAAUAUUGUAGAUCAAGGGUGUAAUAUUUUUGCAAUAUUGAUAAAUGUGUCAUUAUGAAUAAAGGUUUCUGAUUUAA